AUGCUGAAAGUGGAACCACAAAUACAAAGGCGAAGCAAAAGAAGAGGACAUUUCCGGAGAGCAACAGUCAAUUUUGAGAUUCGAUCAAGACCAUGGGCACAUCAUUAUAGGAAAGAGAAGAACAAUGCAGAUAAGCUUGACAGGACAAGAGCGGAGGAGAGAAAAACAAAAGAUCUGCUUAUGGAAUACUAUUGCAAGAGCUUGUAUUCACCUGAGAGAGGAUGGUUCUUUAGGAUAAGAGAGAAUGAAGAGGAGAGAUCAAAAGUUAAACUCAGCGGUUCAAAGAGGAACGAGAGGGAGCUAUUCCUGACCAAUGAAUGCAUGAAUGUACAGCUAAAGGACGUAAAAGGAACAACUAGUCUUGAGAUUCGAUCAAGGCCAUGGGGACAUCAUUUUCGGAAAGAGAACACUACUGUGGAUAUACUUGACUGGGCAAGAGCAGAAGAUAGAAAAUCCAAAAGUCUGCCCAUAGAAUACUACUGCAAGAGUUUGUAUUCACCAGAGCGAGGGGGCUUCUUUAGUCUUCCACGAGGUGAUAUUGGUCGUGGUUCUGGCAGUUCAUGCAAGAUAAGGGAAGAUGAAGAGGAAAUAUUAAAGACUAAACUCAAGGUGCAAAGACAGUUGCCCGUCAAUAUCAAGCCCAAGUUCUACACCAUUAAGGACGACACUCUUCUGAGAAAGAAAAAAAGGAAAGGGAGGACCAACUUCUCAGAAUGGAAAGAGAAAGUUGAGUUCACAUUAGGAGUACUUGAUCUGGAUUUGGCACUUCGUCAAGAUGAGCCAGGUCCAGUGACUGAUGAAAGUACUGAGGAAGAAUAUCAACUCCAUAAAGCAUGGGAGAGAGCGAACAGGCUGAGCAUAAUGUUCUUAAGGAUGACAAUUGCUAGUAACAUUAAGUCUUCCCUUCCAGCUGCAGAUAAAGCUAAGGCUUAUCUUGCAGCCAUAGAAGAACGGUUUAAGACUGCAGACAAAUCCCUUGCUGGGAAACUUAUGGCAGAUCUUACAACCAUGAAGCAUGAUGGCACAAGGUCUAUGCAUGAACAUUGCAUUGAAAUGAUUAACCUUGCGGCUAAGCUGAAGAAUUUGGGACUAAGUGUGGAUGAUUCUUUUCUUGUCCAGUUUAUCCUGAAUUCUUUGCCUCCUCAGUAUGGACCAUUCCAGAUCAAUUACAACGCCAUUGAUGAAAAAUGGACGUCUAAUGAAUUGACUAGUAAGUUGGUUCAAGAGGAGUCUAGGCUUGGCCGUGAAGGCAUUAGGGUUGCCAUCAUGUCCAAGGAGCUGGUUUUAAAGCUGGGAAUAGGCAUCAAGUGGGCCAUAAAAGAGCACCUCUCAUGA